CAUUAAGUUUGGUGAAUUGGAGCAAAACUGCAUAGCUAUGCAAGAGUCGAUCCAUUAAGAGGUCUUAAAUAUGACACCAGACGAGAUCUACAUCUCUACACUCGGUGGAUAUGAUGCUAAGAAUUGUGUUCACAAUGUUGCAAAUCUUGCACGGAGCCUCCUACAAAUGCACUCACAAACAUCUAUUGCUCGACUAGUCCACGUUGAGAAAACCGAAAGCUUGUUCUCUGCACGAAUGGCUUCACCGACGGAUCCCAAGAUCCAAACUGAGCAGAAAGUGGUAAGGACUCAAAGGAAGCCCCCAUUUAUGAUGCUGCUCCCUUUGGUCUACGCUCCCGUUCUUCCUCUUAUUCGAAUUUCGUUGCGGCACAACCCUGUUGUGAGGGAUAGGCUGUUCUAUGGCGUUCUCGCUGGUGCAUUUGCUCAUGGACUCUACUUAAUAUCAGAGCUCUAUGAUGUUGAGAGCAAGUGAUGCUUUGAAGCCUGUGCCCAGAGGAUUUGAUUUCUUGGUAGCCUCCUCAUUUUGAAAAAUUAGUGUUGUUAUUAUUAUU